AUGACGGAAUACAAGCUCAACAUCAAAAUUGACCAGAACAUGGUUAAGAAGUUCAAAGCCGGCGGUCUUAGAUUAUGCCUUGGCUUCGGCUUCGACACGACUGCGCGGCCUGGGUCUACCAAGUUCAACGUCAUCGGGUACUCUUCAGUCUGCGCUCGAAACUUGACUGUGUCGUGGGUAGACGAUUACUCCAUUGCAGGAACAAUGAGCGCCUUCUCAAGCGGAGUCAAAUUCGACGUCGCAACAACCCAACAGCCCAUCACGUUUGGCGAAUCAUGGACCCUCCCACCAGACUGGACCGACGGCGUCACCACCAUGGACGAAACCGCCCCCGCCAACGGCUUCCUCUUCAAGAACCUCGCCUCUUCCGCAUCGGCAGUCAUCUACAAGACCGUGAACGGAGUCGAGGCCCCCGUCCACGUCAGCCAGUUCGGCCCGCUCCCGCCCGGCUCCGAGACGCUGACGCCCAAGCCGCUGGCGGCCGUGUGGUUUCAGCCGUCGGCGGAAACAGGCGCCAUGGUAGACAAGAUACACGAUUCUUCGCUCAAGGUUCUUGAUUUUGAGGAUGUCACGUCGCAUGAGAUUGAGUAUGGCCCUUCUGGGUCGUGGACUGUUGUUGAUUAA